GCCGCAUGUCCUUAAGCGACCUCUCGGCCGUCGUGCUCCUAGCUGCACGUGAAUUCACCCCUUUAAAUGAAUUAGCGGAAUACGGAGGCACCCCGUCCGGGGGCCUCGUGGAGGAGUUCGAAGCCUGGGGGCUGCGGCAGAAAGUCCGAUGGGGCAUGCUGGCUAGAUAUUUAUACCCGGACGACCACGAGGUGCUCUUGCUGGUGGAGGGCGAGGAGGGGGUAUACAGAGGAAAGCGAGGGAAGGAGGCAAGGGAGGGCGGAGGGGAGGGAGGCGCGGCGGGUCUUCUUGGGAUGGUCGAGCUCUCCCUGCAGCCCACGACGGGGCUGCCCCCCCCCCUCUUCCCCCUCUCCCCAGCCGUCAAGGGCCUCUUCGCCCUGCUGGGUUGGCCUCUGCAGCCCUACAUCUCCAAUUUGCUCGUGGACGUGACAGUCCGGCGCCAGGGCCACGCGGCGCGUUUGCUGGCCGUGGCCGAAGCCGAGGCCCGGGCCCGGGGCCACUCUUGGGUCUACCUGCACGCCGACAGCGACUACCUCCCGGCCGUGCGUCUCUACGAACGUCUGGGCUACCGAGACGUGGGCAGGGGGAGGGCGUGGGUGGAUAGGUGGACGGGUCUUCGCUUGCGGUACAUGCGGAAAGAACUGUGAGCGGGGAGGGAGGGAGGGGGGCCUCCCCCGUUGACCCAACUG